UGCAACCAAAGAGGAAGUAAAACUCUCAGUCACUCAGCUGGUCACGGCAGGAGAAAGCUGGAGAGAACGAGAGGGAAGCAGGUUUCAAAAUGCCAUCAAUGGGGAUGCAGAUGCUCGCCAGCGCGUUGGCGGUGCUGGGGUGGGUGGGGGUGAUCGCGACCUGCGGCCUGCCCAUGUGGAGGGUGACGGCCUUCAUCGGCAACAACAUCGUGACGUCUCAGACCAUCUGGGAAGGCAUCUGGAUGAGCUGCGUGGUGCAGAGUACGGGGCAGAUGCAGUGCAAGGCAUACGACUCCAUGCUGGCACUCAGCUCCGACCUGCAGGCGGCCCGGGCUCUCACCGCCCUCGCCAUCAUGAUGGGCCUCGUAGGCCUCCUCAUGGUCUUCGCCGGGGGCAAGUGCACCAGUUUCAUCACCGGCAAUGCCAAGAAAGCCAGGAUAACCAUCGCCGCCGGGGCCGUCCUCAUCGCCACUGGGGUCCUCUGUCUGAUCCCCGUCUCCUGGACAGCCAGCUCCAUCGUCAGGAACUUCUAUAACCCCCAGAUGACCGACGCCCAGCGGAGAGAGAUGGGGGCCUCCCUGUACUUAGGCUGGGGCGCCUCGAUCCUGCUCAUCCUGGGCGGGGGGCUUCUCUGCAGCUCCUGUCCCCACAAAGAGGAAGAAAAGAGCCCCUCCGUGAAGUACCUCAUUGUGAGGUCAUCAAGACCGACCAGCCAAGCAAGCUCUCAGCGGAGCGCGGCACCCCCUGCAAGCUCUCCCACCCCAACAAAGACAUACCUGUGAAGCAUCACAAGGCACACAGGGACACCCAUGAGUACAUUCAUUUGAUCUUCUUACAUUUCCUUUUUCUGCGGGAAUGAAGGAUAUACAGGAAAAAAUGCACUUUGAAAGUGAAUAUGCACAUAGCCAUGUAUUGUGUAUGACAACAUUAAAUGUGUACAUACUUAGUGUUCGAGUGAAGUGUGCAAGGUGUUUGUGAAAGAAAGAGGGAUGUAGAGUGUUUGUUAUAUAUUGUAUUUGCUGAAGCCGCCUGUGAGGAAUACACAUCAAAUAAGUGUAGUGCUGUGAAGUAUUUCUGAUCAUGAAGUAGAUAUGUUUUUCUGUUGUGUUUCCUUUUCAUGUGAUAAGCAGUUAACAAACACUUUAGGUAUAUUUACACAAAUUCUUCA